AUGACAAAAGAACGAGAUAGAUUAUGUCCCGAUGCUUACAAUCAAGUAUGUUAUUCCUAUUUUAAUAGAAUUUAUAAUGAUAUUCGCUACUAUCUUUAUCCAAAUAAGUACGAGCAUAUACAAUGUGACGAUAAAAUUGAUAAAAUUUAUAAAAUUGAUAAUUUAAUUAAAGAUAAAUUUGAUAAUUUUUUUAAAGAUAAAUUUGAUAAUAUUUUUAAAGAUAUUAAUGAUCCUAUUUUAAAACAUAUUGCUAUAUACUUGAUAGCAAAUUACGCUGGAGCUCAUGUAUAUUUUAGUAAUGAUGGAAAAUGGGUACAGAAUCCUGCCUGUGAAUCGUUAAACAAAUGGCUCGAUAAUAGAAAGAGUUAUUUCACACUUGCACUUAAUUGUAAAGGAAACGUUCAUUUAUGGGAUAAUACUAUUGAAGCAUUAUGGAAAGAACUGGAAUCUAUUUAUAAAAAUAAUGGGAGUAAUAAAAAAUGGUGUGAAAGGUACAAUUUAUUCAGAGGAUCUCUUGAUCUACCCAAAGGACUACCUCCACCUAUGUGUUAUAAGCAUGUUCCUAAGGAUUAUAUAUGUGUUCGACCUUUUCCUCCAAAUAUGUGUAACUUAGCAAAUACAUAUAAGAAUAAUGGUAAGGAUAUAAAAUCAUAUUAUGAAAUAUGUAAAAAAAAUAAGGAUGGAGCAGAUGUUACUGAUUUCUCUUUGAUGAUUUCCGAAGCUAUUGCUAAUGGAUAUCCCCUCUUUAAGGGCAUCCAUGAUAUUACAUUCUCACGUCAAGUGCAGAAAAACUUUACUCCUCUUGGAUCUAAAAUGUCAUAUAGAGGCAUAAAUAAAAAAAGGAUUAGAGAUAAUUUCAACGAAGAACCAGAAUACGAAGAAUAUGCUAGAUCUAUUAAAAAAAAUCUACAUCGAGGAUGUAGAAGAAAUAAUAUAUAUUACCAUUCUGUGAGGAAUUAA